CUCUCCCCAGUGACUCAUUGGCAGCAGAGAAGCAGCUGUCCUCUCUCCUCUCUUUGGCUUUCUCUCUAUCCUCCGUUGGUGCGCUCCAGAACCCGAUGUGACAAGCAGGAUGUGACAGAAGCCCUGACGCCUUAUCUGUGAUACGAGACAUUCGACCUAUAGAGGAGUGAGAAGCUGCACGUUUCCCUUCUCUCCCUCUCUCUCUCUAUCUCUCUUUCUCACUCACACUUCCUUUCUCUCUCUCUCUCUCUCUCUCUCUCUCUCACAUCCUCUCUCUUUACUCCUUUUCUGCUGCCUCCUUUCUUUUUCAAGCCACUUGCUCAAUCUUUCUCACUAUCUUUCUUUCCCUCUCUCCUCCCCAUUCUCUCUCUUUUUCUCUCUCUAUCUUUCGUGUUCUCCUCGUGGUGACAGAAAGCUGUGGCCCAGCUGUCUCAUCUGAACAGCGCUCACCUGACUCUCAGACACGGCCGGCGUCUCUGGCACUUUCAAGCUGAGCGAGCGAGGGAGGGAGUGAGUGAGUGAGAAAGAGAGAGGAGGGGGAGGGAGAGAGAGAACCUGAGGGCAAUCCUACCUCUGUUUGUGUUCGAGGAGGGAUUACGGUGGAGGUGAAACAGAGGCUGAGUGCCGCGCUGAAAUAGCAGCAGAUCUUGGUUGUGCCGCAUGGAGCCGGGGCAGGACUGAUGCUGUGAGAGGUGCACUCUGCUCAGCUAACCAAUCAAUCCACUGGCCAUCAUCCCAGCGCUCUGAUCUGACCCACCCAGACACCUGAGAGAGAGAGAGGGAAAGAGAGGGAGAGCAGAGAUGGGAUUCCUGGUGUGGAGCAUGCUCGUACUGGCUCUGGUCAGUCAAAGCCAUGGCUACAGUGUCAGAAGCCCACUGGAUAGGUUCAAAAGAUUUCAGGACUCAGCAUGGUCUGACCCGAACGACUGCUCCCAGGCCAGGCAGUCUUUGGUCAUGUCCAACCCCUACAACUUCUCUGUGGACAUCCGCAUGCCAGGGGUCGUCCCAUCAGCGUCGGACUCCUACUACUGUGUGGCAGUUCCUGUGCCCACAUCAUGGGAAGCCUAUAUAGUGGACUUUGUGCCCCAUGCCUCCAUGGACACGGCUCACCACAUGCUUUUAUACGGAUGUAGAAACCCCACCUCUACCAAAGGUUACUGGGACUGUGGGAGAGAACAGGGCACCUGCGAGGAUGAGGCCAAGAUCAUGUACGCUUGGGCCAGAAAUGCUCCGCCCACCAAACUCCCAAAAGACGUCGGAUUUAAAGUUGGGGGAGACACCAGAAUUACCUACUUUGUGCUGCAAAUUCACUAUGGUGAUAUCAAAAAUUUCAGAGAUCACCAUAAAGACUGCUCAGGACUUACUCUAAGAAUGACUUCCAAACCACAGCCCUUUAUUGCUGGCAUGUAUCUGAUGAUGUCUGUGGACACCGUCAUCCCUCCAGGAAAGACAGUUACCAAUGCAGACAUUGCUUGCACUUACUUAUCAUACCCGAUGUACCCUUUUGCCUUCAGGACCCACACACAUCGCCUUGGCAAAGUCGUUAGUGGAUACAGAAUUCGCAACGGACAGUGGACUCUGAUUGGGCGCCAGUCCCCACAAUUACCACAGGCCUUUUACCCGGUCAGCAAUGACAUUGAGGUGAAGUAUGGAGACACGCUAGCGGCCCGCUGCGUUUUCACAGGAGAGGGAAGGAGCUCUAAAACACGAAUCGGUGGCACCUCUAAUGAUGAAAUGUGUAACUUCUACAUGAUGUACUACAUGGACAAUAAGCAUUCCAUCCCUUACAUGGACUGCAUGGACCACGGCAGCAGCAGCCUGUUCAGAAGCAUCCCCAACGAAGCCAACGUCCCCAUCCCGGUCAGCCCUGACCACAUGAUGAACAUGAUGCACGGCUCUAAUCAGAAAGACGGCGAGGACGGCGCAGCUCUCCAGCAGCCAAAAAGAGAGCAGGAGGAGGUUCUGGAUCAGGGUGACUUCUAUUCCCUUCUCUCCAAACUCCUAGGGGAGAGGGAGGACAUUGUCCAUGUGCAUAAGUAUAACCCCUCCGAGGCGGCCCGGGCCCAGGCGGAUCUGGUGGCUGAAAUUGAUAGCAUAAUGCAAAAGAAAGACCUGGUCUGGCCCGGGCCCAGGCUAGGCUUCAGACAGAGGGAGGAUGUUCUGGUGAGGGACAGAGUGCACAAGUUUCACCAGUUAGAGUCCACUGUCAGGCCUCCCGGGACCAAGACUAUACCAGCCGCCAGACAACCGAGUGCAGGGGUGGCAAAGGCCAAGAAACAAGGAACCCAUCUGGAGGAGCUGGCUGACUGGCCCGAGGUUGAGCUGCAGCUGGGCCAGGUGUCCGGUCUGGCUGUGGACUCUGAUGAUAACCUAGUCAUCUUCCACAGAGGAGACCACAGAUGGGAAAUGAACUCAUUUGACAACAAAGCGGUAUACCAGCAGAGGUCCCUCGGCCCCAUUCAGCAGUCCACCAUCUUGGUUGUGGAUCCAAGCAAAGGCAAUGUGCUCAAGGCCUCAGGGAAAAAUAUGUUUUAUCUGCCGCAUGGCAUUACCACAGAUAAGGAUAAUAAUUACUGGGUGACGGAUGUUGCUCUUCAUCAGGUGUUUAAACUGAGCAAGGACGGAACGGAGAAGCCUCUGCUGGUUCUGGGAGAAGCUUUUAAACCCGGCAGCGACAAGAGCCAUUUCUGCAAGCCGACCGAUGUAGCUGUAGACCCAGAAACUGGAAACAUCUUCGUGUCUGACGGCUACUGCAACACAAGAAUCCUCAAAUUCUCACCGGAGGGCAAAUAUCUCUCUGACUGGGGAGCAGGCUCAUUGGACCGGCGACGUCGAGUUCCCUUCCAGAUCCCCCAUAGCCUGGCCUUUGUGCCGGACAAGCGGGAGCUGCUGGUGGCUGACCGAGAGAACGGCCGUGUACAGUGUUUCAUGGCCGACACCGGCGAGUUCGUGAAGGAGAUAAAGAGAGACGAGUUUGGAGGAGAGGUGUACGCUGUUUCAUACGCACCUGUACAAGGUGGGCUGAUAUAUGUAGUCAACGGAGAAUCUCCAUACGGUCAAUCUGCUCCACUCCGAGGCUUCGUGCUCAAUUAUUCAACCAAGGAGAUCCUGGACACAUUUGCCCCUGACACACAGAAGUUCAAAAUGCCUCACGACAUUGUCGUCACAAAGGAUGGGAGUGUCUACGUCGGAGAUGCCACCUCAGACUCGGUUAUAAAAUUUGUACCAUCUGAAAAAGCAGAACAUCGUUCAGUUAAGAAAGGAGGAAUUGAGGUGCAGGAAAUUGAAGAAACAGAGACGUUCGUCCAGGCCAAUUUGAAGCCCAUCCACAAGCCGCUGGCUCAGUCACCCCAAGCCACGGUGCCAGAGCUCCCAGAGGUUGCUGAGAAGCAGCCAACCCCAGCACAGCAGGCCAAAGCUCUGGAAGACAAAGAAAAAGAGAAGGAGACGAUUGCGAACAAGGCCAAAUCUCAGGGUCUUUCUCCAGCAGUCAUCACCACUCUGCUCCUGCUCCUGCCCUUGGUGCUGGUCAUCGCGAUCGGCGUCUUCGUCCGCUGGAAGAAGAGCAGGAUGUAUGGAGAUCAUGAGGUGAAGCUGGAGCCGUCAGGAUCCUCAGGAGGAAUCUUGGGUAAACUCAGAGGCAAAGCUGCAGGGACGUUAAACUUGGGGAAUUUCUUCGCCACUCAUAAAGGCUACACACGGCAGGGCUUCGACCGACUUAGCACAGAGGGCAGCGACCUGGAGAAGGACGACGAGGACGCCACCGACUCGGAGAACGAGGAGUACUCGGCCCCGCCUCCCCCGGUGUCCUCAUCCCAAUGAGCCGUCCCGCUCUAAACCCCUCCCCCUCCGUCCCAAACGCUCGCACCGUCAGGAUGUACUGCAAUCAUAUAACAUGUAACUGUUCGUAAUGGCUGCCAAUAUAUUUUAUUUAUUUGUGCGAAAACCUUUUUCUCAGUAGGGAUGUAUGACUGCCACUUUAAUUUAUGAUUUUAAGGGACCAUGUAGAUGAGGAGCCAAACACUGGUAGAUUUAAGUGUAAAGCUAUCUGGUUAUUUUUAAUUCUGGGAGGUGGAGGAACGAGGUAGAUCUGUUUUUAUUUUAUCUCUUCUUUUUUUAUGUAAUUGACAGAUUCUUCCAGUAAUUUAUCAUCUGUUUUAUCAAGCUCUUCUGUUGUUCUUUUUUUUUUUUAUGUUUUUCUGGUAACUGGUCCAGACGUUCGUUUGAUCUCCUAUCUGUACAUUUGUGCCUUUUUGAUUCUGUAUUUCUCGCCUUCUGCAGCACCUAUAUUACUACAGAUGUGCCACUUAUUUCAAAGCGCUGCUACUGUCACCUGUAUUUUGUUUUCUGUUGUGCCGCAUUCAGAAAAGAAAAAAAAAGAGGAUUCUUAUGAUGUAUCUAAAUCUGUAUUUACUACAUUUUCCAAGCAGGAUGUGAGAUGUGUCUGAUAUUUGUUGUGACAUAACUAAGGUUUUAUUGCAAGAAUACUAUUUUCAGUAACAAUGUUAUUUGUGUAAUAAAGUGUCUGCAAAGCAUCA